AUGGGUGAGUGAUUUCGUAUGUUCCAGAUUGGGUGCCAUUUUCACUUUGUCUUUAUGCUAGAGAAACUAGUUUCUUUCAUUGAGUAAUACUUUGUGUGACUGAUCUGUGAUCUUGUGUUGCAGCCGAGAAAGUUCUGAUCGUGUACGCCCACCAGAGUACUGGGUCGUUUAACGCUGCAGCUAAAGAUGCAGCUGUGACAGCUCUGACUGCUCAGGGCUGUAAGGUGGAGGUGUCUGACCUCUACGCCAUGAAGUUUAAAGCCUCUGCUACUGUUGACGACAUCACUGGUAACAGUCUGAACUAUGAGUUGCUUAAUUACUGUAGUGUGUGCCAAUUAAAUGCUAAACUUUUUGUGGGUAAGUGGCUUUUAUUUUCUACCUCAACUUGCUUAGUCUCAGUCUGUUAUGCUUUAUCAGGGGAGGUGAAGGAUGCUGAACACUUCCGAUAUGGAGAGGAGACCAUGCUGGCGUGGCAGGAGGGCCGACUCUCUGCUGACAUCACUGCGGAACACCGCAAACUCUCUGAUGCGGAGGUUGUCAUUUUCCAGGUGUGCUCUCCUGGGGUAGUGUCUGAGGGAACUUAGCCUCAAUUUGAGCCUAUAAAUUAAAUGUAGACCCUUCAGCUCUUUACUUUUUGGAUGGUGGCUGAAAUGCACCCAUUCCAGGUACUGGUUGUUGACUAGUGUCUCCCAUAUUUCUCAGUUCCCCAUGUACUGGUUCACUGUUCCUGCCAUCAUGAAGGGCUGGCUGGACCGGGUGCUCACACUGGGAUUUGCCUACACCUCAGAAAAGAGGUACAGCCAGGGCCUCUUCAAGGUAAGGGACGCAAUCCCAUAGUCACUGUUAAAGGCCCAAUGCAGCUGUAUGUGGACACCUGCUCGUCGAACAUCAACUUGGUAGUGCGUGUAACUGAGGACAAUUGUUACGCACUCUGCGGUCCCGUUCUGAGUUUGUGUGGCUUAGAACUUGCGGCUGAGCUUUUGCUCCUCAACGUUUCCAUUUCACAAUAACAGCACUUACAGUUGACAAGGGCAGCUCUAGCAGGGCAAAAAUCUGUCAAAACUGACUUGUUGGAAAGGUGGCGUCCUAUGACUGUGCCAUGUUCAAAGUCAGAGCACUUCAGUAAGGCCAUUCUACUGUCAAUAUUUGUCUAUGGAGAUUGUAUGGCUGUGUGCUUGAUUUUAUAAAUCUGUCAGCUGUGACUGAAAUAGCCGAAUGCAUUAAUUUGAAGGGGUGUCUACAUUUGUGUGUGGCUCAGAACCAGUCAGCCUCAUGCAGCGUGACACAGCUCCUUCGCUUAGAGUUGAUCAGGCUGAUUGUGGCCUGUGGAAUGUCCCACUCUUCAAUAGCUGUGAAGUUAACUAAAACACUAUCGCUCCAGAGCAUCCCAAACAUGCUCAAUGGGUGACAUGUCUGAGUAUGCCGGCCAUGGUAGAACUGGGACAUCUUGAACUUCCAGGAAUUGUGUACACAUCCUUGCGCCAUGGGGCCAUGCAUGAUCAUGCUGAAACAUGAGGUGAUGACUGCUGAACGGCAUGACAACGGGCCUCCGGAUCUCGUCAAUCUCUGUGCAUUCAAAUUGCCUUAGACUUCAAAUGCAGUUGUCUGUAGCUUAUACUUGUCCAUAACAACUCAACCAUGGGGCACUCUGUUGACAUCAGUAAACCACUCGCCCGGUACAGAUGUAAAGCCCACAUCUUCAGCAUGACGGUGAGCAUUUGCCCACUGAAGUCUGUUACGCCACCAAACUGCAGUCGGGUCAAGACCCUGGUGAGGACAAGCGCACAGAUGAGCUUCCCUCAAACGAUCCCGCAGGUGAAGCCAGAUUUGGAGGUCCUGGGUUGGUGUGGUUGUGAGGCCGGUUGGACAUUGUGCCAAAUUCUCUAAAACAAUAUUGGGGAGGGUUUAUGGUAGAGAAAUUAACAUUUAAAUUCCUACAGUCAGCAUGCCAAUUGCACGCUCAACUUGACACCUGUGAUGUGACAACAUUUUAGUGGCCUUUUUAUUGUCCUCAGCACCUAUGUAAUGAUCAUGUGGUUUAAUCAGCUUCUGAUAUCCCACCUGUCAGGUGGAUGGAUUAUCUUGGCAGAGGAUAAAUGCUCACUAACAGGGAUGUAAACCAAUUUGUGCACAACCUAUAGAGAUGCUUUUUGUGCAUAUGUUUAAAUUUCUGGAAUCUUUUUUUCAGCUCAUGGGACCAACACUUUACAUGUUGCAUUUGUAUAGUGUAUGGCCUGGUGUGACGUCGCUGACACGCCACCCAUCCCAAACCUGACUAAAGGUCCUGUGUAAUAGUUGCUGGUUGAAAAAACAAUCAGGAAAUAUCACUGAACACUUUUCCUGUCAUCAGCUGUUGUACAAUAUGAAACAAAACACAGAAAUUAAUUGACCGCAACGUGCCUUAACAAAAAUACAUGGUUGGAAUGUUCCUGUGGUCCAUUUUACAUUUCUCCUCACCUGGAUGGUUUUCCCCCAGGACAAGAAAGCCAUGCUGUCCUUCACCACUGGAUCCCAGGAGUCUAUGUUCAGUGCCAAUGGUAUCAAUGGAGACAUGAAUGUCACCCUGUGGCCACUGCAGGUAUGUUAGGCUUGGCUGGCACUACCAGCAAUGAGCUUUUGCUUUGCUCUGGUAUCCCCACUGGAUAACACACACAAAUGUUUGACUUCCAGGCUGGCAAGCACUCAUUUCAAUAAUUCACUUGGCCAAAUCAAUUCAUAUGUAUCUACUUGAGCAUGCUUAAACCAGUUAAUUCCCUCUUCUAGAAUGGCAUCCUGCACUACUGUGGUUUCCAGGUUCUGGCUCCUCAGAUCUUCUGGGCUCCACCCGACAUCCCCUCCGAGGCUCGCCGUAGCAUGCUAGAGGCAUGGUGCACGCGGCUGCAAGGUCUAAUGGGAGAAACUCCACUCACCUUCACCCCCUCGGACAGCUUCGAUGGAGGACUGGGCUUCCAGCUCAAAGAGGAUAUCCAGGAGAAGCAAGCAGCCAGUGAGUUCGGCCUGACUGUCGGAACCCACCUGGGCAAGCCCCUCCCACCCAACAGCCAGGUCAAAGCUGGGGUGUGA